CACUGCUCCAAAGACAUUGCUGCCAACGUCCCCGCACGGGAAGCCCUGGAGGGUCUGUGGGCACAUGCUUUGAGCUUCAUGUGUCUUAAAUGUCAAUUCACUCCCCUCUGCUACAAAGAUUAUGGACACACUGACACACACACGCGCGCACACACACACACACACGCACGCGCCUCCACAGAAUUGGCUCUCGGUUGGUCCAUCGGUCUUUAUCCCUCCUUGUGCUGGCGGCGGUGGUGGUGUGCGACUGUGCGUGCGUGCGUGCGUGCGUCCGGACUGGAGCUCAUGCAGGAGCUGCUCGGACACCGACGACGUCAGUGAUGAAGAUGAGGCGGAUGACGAUGAAGACAACACAGAGUGUGGCUCAAACGCAUGACCGCUGUCCUUCCCAAAUUGCCAAGAGUGCUGUUUUCGUUGUGUGCGCGGACCCAUGACAACUUCAGAGGUUACAGCCGGCAGCAGCAGCAGUGUCGGGGUUUCCACUGGAUAUUUCCUCACGUCUUGCUCAUAAAAAAAUCACGUCUUGCUCAUGGAAAAUCUGAGUUAAGGUGUUACCAUUACGCGAGGUGUGCGCGACGUUGGACGGACCGUGGCUGUUGUUGCGUAAAAGCGCCCGUGCUGCCAGUUUUGGAGAGUUGUGACGCGCGGUGUGCUGCUCCAGGAUGAACAGCUCAAAUCAAAGGCACAGACAGAAGCAGGAGAGACAAAGGUGGUUCAUUCUGAACCGGGGCGUCAGACCGUGUGAGGCCCAGACCGGCUCCGCUCGUCUCUGCCUGCCGAUGGACAGCGACAUCCAGAAGAAGAUCGACCAUGAGAUCCGGAUGCGCGAUGGAGCCUGCAAGCUGCUGGCCGCCUGCUCCCAGAGAGACCAGGCGCUGGAGGCGGCCAAGAGCCUGCAGACCUGCAGCACUCGAAUCAUGGCCUACAUGUCGGAGCUGCAGAGGAUGAAGGAGGCCCAGGUCAUGCAGAAGGUCACGCGAAGGUCGUCGGACGCCGGGCCGAUGGACGACAGACUCCCAUGCAAAGGAAAAGUGGCCAUCUCAGAUCUUCGUAUCCCUCUCAUGUGGAAAGACACGGAGUACUUCAAGAACAAAGGAGAGCUCCAUCGAUGUGCUGUGUUCUGCCUGCUGCAGCUGGGAGGAGAGAUCUUUGACACAGACAUGGUGAUAGUGGACCGGACGCUCACUGAUAUCUGCUUUGACAACACCAUUGUAUUUUCUGAGGCCAGCCCGGGCUUUGAGCUGCGCGUCGAGCUGUACAGCUGCUGCUCGGAGGACGACUACUCAGCAGGAAGCACGCCAAGGAAGCUCGCCAGUAAACUGAGCUCCUCCCUGGGCCGGUCAGCUGGGAAGAAGUUCCGGGCUGCCAUGGAGCCUGGGCCGUGCAGUCCUGUCAGCAACGGGGGGGCAUCUCCCCUCCUGCUGCCAGUUCCCUCUGUGCCAGGCCCUAAGUACCACCUCUUGGCUCAUACCACACUGUCACUGUCGCACGUCCAGGACAGCUUCCGCACGCACGACCUCACCAUCUCCGGCAACGAGGAGUGCUCAUACUGGCUGCCCCUCUACGGCAGCAUGUGUUGCCGCCUUGCAGCCCAGCCUCGCUGUAUGACCCAACAGGUGAUGAGUGGAUGUUUGAAAGUGAAGCAGUGCGGCGGUGACCCUCAGAGCUGGAGAAAGGUCUACGCUGUUCUGAAAGGAACAAGCCUCUUCUGCUACCACCGGCAAGAAGACGUGGAGGCAAAUGUCGAACCAGCUUUCACCAUCGCUAUCAAUAAGGAGACCAGAAUACGUGCGUCAGAGAAAGACCCUCACAGUAAACUUCAGAAUAUCUGCAUCAGCAACCAGUAUGGAGGUGAGGAGGUCACGCACACUCUGACCACUGACAGCCGCGAGGACACACACCGGUGGAUGGAGGCCUUCUGGCAACAUUUCUACGAUAUGAGCCAGUGGAAGCAGUGCUGUGAGGACUUAAUGAAAAUUGAACAGCCAUCACCGAGGAAACCAGCUCCUGUCACACCAAAACAGGGCUCUCUUUACCACGAAAUGGUUAUUGAGUCAUCCGAUGACCUCAGCAGCACUGUGUCAGACAUCCUGGCUCGGAGACUGCAGGAGCUGGAGCUCCGCAGCCAGCUGGGCACCUCUCCCACCUGGAUGUCUCUGUUUGAGGAGAACAACCCGAAAAGCGCCGGUCGCCCACGUCCCUGUACUUCUCGCCUGUCUGGCCACAGUCCCUGCUCCCCUCACCGUCUGCCCCGGAGCCCGAUGAGCCCCCACCGCUGCCCCCAGAUGGGCCUGCUGUCCUCAGACGUGAGUUUGACCUCCGACAGCGACAGCCACGGCAGCACCAGUCCCUGCUCUCAACACCACGGCUGGCCCGAGCCCUCUUCAAACUUCUCUCUCAUGUCAUCCUCCCCCUCCCGUCUGAGGCCGCGCACUCUGUCGCUGGAUGCCAAGCUCAGCACCUUGCGAGGGAGGAGAUUCGGAGGAGGAGGAGGAGGGACCUUCCAGUGCUCCUGCCAGCCUGCUCCUUCCUCCCUGCUCGCCCCUAUACCCAUCUCCGCGCGUUCACCUCUGUCACAGCGCAGCACGCAGACCACGCUCUCCUGCUCCAGCUCCACCUCCAGCAACAGCUCCACCAACAGCGAGGGCAGCCACAGCCCUGAGUCGUCUGAGGGAGUCCCCUUCUCCAGGCCCUCCCCGGCUCGACGCAGCCUCAGGAACCUCAGGGCCAGACUUGAUCCUCGCAACUGGCUCCAAAGUCAGGUGUGAACCUGGCAGACAUUUAAUGUUAACCUGAAGGCAAUAGUCCUCAUUACAUCACGGUUUAACAGGCUUAACGCGAGAACCCACCUCAGGCUAUCUGCUAGGCCCAAUGCACAGCCCUGAGCAGGAUAAGCUGCCUCAAGCCUGCCUCCUGGUGGACGAUAGAUCAUGGAGGUACCCUCCUGGGGCAAACUGGAAUGUCUCCUCACACAAAAGACAAUCACUUCAGGCGUCUCUUCGUCUUUACAGGGUUGCCACAGUUUUGAAGAGGAUCUGAAACUAAAUGGGAGGUACUCUGCUUGCUUUGAGAAAUCAUGGAUGUGCUAGUGAUCAGUGUUCAAGACUUGCUCUGAUUAUCAGGCCACACUCGGCGCCUGCUCUCUAGAACUGGAUAAGGUUGGUUUUGUCCUCAGCCGUCCCGGCCACUCAAACAUUGUUUCAAGGUCAUCUCCAUAAAUGCACUAGCAGCGUUUUGACUGGAGGAUUCUUAUCUGUGUUUUAUAAGUAAAGGUUUGCGGUGUCAAUGCUAUGAAAGCCAGCGGGCAUGUGGCGAGAGGAACGUAAUAAUCAGUCCAGGGUUUUCACAUGUAGACUGUGCGAGUGUGGAGGAGAAGGGUUGGUGUUUGUUGCCUGUACUGUGAUAUCUACGUCAGUGUCAUUUUCUAAUCAGUCCCACAGCAGAUGAUAUUUGUGGUUCUCCUGAAAUUACUAUGCACCGUUUUUGUUGUUGUCGACUUUUUAUUUUUGUUGCAUGAGGAUUACACUAAACAGUUCAAAUGUUAAAACUACUUGAGAUCAUUUUCAACAAUGAUUCUGGUGAAAGCUCAACUUAAUGCAAGUGCUCAUACUAACUGUACUGGUUAUAACUGUGAUCUCUUCAGGGUAAAAAUCUGUGCUCUGCUCUUUUCCUUUUUUCCUUUGUAUCUGCACACUGUUGACAGGCUGAAGUAAAGAAGCCAUGCGUACAUAGAACAAAAACCCUCCAAUUAACUGAAAUUAACCAAAGCUUAAGUAGAAUUGAAAACCCCAAGCCAUACCUCUAGUUGUGCUACAAUGCCUCACAACAGUAUUGUAGUAUUUUAUUGAAUCUUGACUCCUACUAAUGAAAAAUCCAAUAAAAUGUGAAACUAUCAGUUUGUUAUUAUGCAACACAGAAAGAAACUUGGAAACUAUUUUGCAUGGCUGAAUUUAAGAUGACAGUAAUGUUCAAUGACAGUAAAUUAUGAAACUAGGACGGCUAGAGCACAUACAUGUAACUCCGCCAAGGCUAACAGUCCCCUUAAAUCCGAUCAAUCCGCUCCAAAUUGCACACACUCGUAGAUAUUAUUAAUAUUUUCGUUAAGAUCCAUGUUAUUCCCUGUCAAAAAGAGAAAAUGUCAAAAAAUGCCCCCUUAAUUUGGAAGAAAAUAAAAAAAAAAUCCUUGAUGCACCACUUUGCGCCAGAAUGUAAUGGGUGCUUUCUUGGAAGGUUCCACGUCCUUCCACCAAGUUUCAAUUCAGUAGUUUUUGCAUAACCCUCCUUACAGACAGACCAACAGCAAUGAAAACUUAACCUCCUUGGCGGAGGUGACAAAGUUAAGCUUUAGGUUAUUAUACAAGGGUAAGAGCAAACCUAAAAUGGUUUUCACUGCCACCAGUUGUUGCCAUUACAUCAACUCACAGCAGUUGCUUCUUAUCAGGAGAAAAUAAUCGCAUCAUGUCGGGGAGUCUCAGUCAGUGCAGUAAAGCCUCUCCCUCUUCUCUCUCUGUCGUUUGCUGUGGACUUACUUUGGUAACAGUUUCCCUCUCGGGGCUCAGAACUCUCGAAACCAUUUUUACUAAGAUUUUAAAAAGAAACCUGUCAAAUGCUUGGAAAGCAGCGUUUGUUACUGUAAAUUAAUUUUUAUAAGUUAACAAAUAAACCUCUCUUUUGUCUUUUUGUUAUAUUAUUGAUUUUUGUUAUAAAUGCAGCUAUAUAUUGAUACCUGAUUCUCAUGUUGUUAACGGAUGAUGAUGUGCAGAUCUUUUAACUGUUACAAAUAUAGAUAACAUUGAAUGUUAUAUCCUUGCAAGAGUUGUUUCCCCUUGGUAGCAGACUCCGUGUUCUGCAUGUACGCUGUCGGAGAAGGCGAACAGAAAUUGAGAAAUGUGGAAAUCUCAUCUUUAAAUAAUAUAACAUUAAUUAUAAUAAAUGUUUUAUCGACUCAAAA